UCCCGGAAGUGGACGCACGGUGGGUUGCCGGAGAGAAGUGGCGAAGUUAGUUUUGAGGGGACCCGAGUCGCGGCGGCGUGCCAGUGGCUACAGAGGAGGAGGAAGAGAAGCGGACCAAGGCUCGCGCCGCCCCCGGCUGUUUCCAGGGCAACGGGAGUAGGGGACCCCCACGAGAGGCCGCCCACGAGACCCUCGCGCGCAGCCAUGAGCCCCGCCCCUCACUGGUGUUCGGAGAGGGGCGGGACCUGGAGAGAGGCUGCUCCGUGACCCCACCAUGUCCACCCCCGCCACGAGUUCCCUGGACACCCCCUUGCCUGGAAAUGGCCCUAGCACCCCCUCUUCUUCACCUGAUGGAAAGGAGGAUGGCUCUGAGCCGUGCCCAGGGGCUGAUCCUGAUGUCCCAGGCACUGAUGGGGCCAACUCAGCUUCCGUCGUGGACACAGCAGAGGAGCCCGAGCGCAAGCGAAAGAAGGGCCCGGCUCCAAAGAUGCUGGGCGAUGAGCUGUGCCAGGUGUGCGGGGACACGGCCUCUGGCUUCCACUACAACGUGCUCAGCUGCGAAGGCUGCAAGGGCUUCUUCAGGCGAAGUGUGAUCCGAGGUGGGGCCGGGCGCUACGCCUGCCGGGGCGGUGGAACCUGCCAGAUGGAUGCCUUCAUGCGGCGCAAGUGCCAGCAAUGCCGGCUGCGAAAAUGCAAGGAGGCUGGGAUGCGGGAGCAGUGCGUCCUCUCCAAAGAACAGAUCCGGAAGAAGAAGAUUCGGAAGCAGCAGCAGCAGUCGUCACCCACAGGGCUGGGAGUCGGCAGCAGCUCAGCCUCUGGGCCUGGGGCCUCCCCCGGAGGGUCUGACGGGGGUGGCCAGGGCUCCGGGGAAGGCGAGGGUGUCCAGUUAACAGCCGCUCAGGAACUAAUGAUCCAGCAGUUGGUGGCUGCCCAGCUGCAGUGCAAUAAACGCUCCUUCUCUGACCAGCCUAAAGUCACGCCCUGGCCCUUGGGCGCAGACCCGCAGUCCCGUGAUGCUCGCCAGCAGCGUUUCGCCCACUUCACGGAGCUGGCCAUCAUCUCAGUCCAGGAGAUUGUGGACUUCGCCAAGCAGGUGCCUGGCUUCCUGCAGCUGGGUCGCGAGGACCAGAUCGCCCUCCUGAAGGCGUCUACCAUUGAGAUCAUGCUGCUGGAGACAGCCAGACGCUACAACCACGAGACCGAGUGCAUCACGUUCCUGAAGGACUUCACCUACAGCAAGGAUGACUUCCACCGCGCAGGCCUGCAGGUGGAAUUCAUCAACCCCAUCUUCGAGUUCUCGCGGGCCAUGAGGCGCCUGGGCCUGGACGAUGCUGAGUACGCCCUCCUCAUCGCCAUCAACAUCUUCUCGGCCGACCGGCCCAACGUGCAGGAGCCGAGCCGAGUCGAGGCGCUGCAGCAGCCCUACGUGGACGCGCUGCUGUCCUACACCCGCAUCAAGAGGCCACAGGACCAGCUGCGUUUCCCCCGCAUGCUGAUGAAGCUCGUGAGCCUGCGCACGCUCAGCUCCGUGCACUCGGAGCAGGUCUUCGCCCUGCGGCUCCAGGACAAGAAGCUGCCGCCUUUGCUCUCCGAGAUCUGGGACGUCCACGAAUGAGGGGCCCGGCCACCCUGCCCCACCGCCCUGCACCCUCCAGUGAAUGAACACUGGGGUGGGGAGGGGCCGGGCUGGGCCUGGGGUCCUGCCCUGUGGCUUGGAGCUCAGGCCCUGGCCCCGCCAGCCCUCAGCCCUCAGGAUGAGCCCCAGUCGGGGCCGGGAGCCUCUCUCCCCGCCCACUGAGUCUUCCUGGGAGGGGUAGGUGGGUCACAGAUCCCGACCUCUCCCAGCACGCCCAGCUGCCCUCCCCGCCCAGCUUACACCUCAAGCCUACCACGCAGAGCACCUUGGGAGGCAGGGGAGGGCCUGUGGCUCCCCCAGAGCCCGAGAGACACAGGCCCCCCUCCCUCUGCUCCUUUUAUUUAAUAAAAACUAAAAAAAACAAAAACAGGAAAAUAAAGUAUGAAUAGAAACCUGCCCUGAGCCAGAGUGAGUCUGAGGUGGGGAGGGGCUGCCAGGGUCUUCGUGGACACCAGCCCCCAUGGACCUGGUGCUGAGCUGGGAAGGGUUCAGGGUGAUGUGACUAGGCGCUAUGGGUGCCCAGGAGAGGCCCCUGACAACCUCCCGGUCACCUCCCGGUGGUUGGAGCCCGCUCCUGAAGGACAAGGAGGAUUUAAGUGGAUGAGGAGAAGGGGCUUUUAUUCAAUCAAGUAUUGGCUGAAGUCUCUUGUGGGCCAGGCACUGUGCUGGCCAUCCUGGGGUCACAGAUGUCAUUCAUUCAGCAAAGAUGGGUGAAGCAUUUUGGGACUUCC